UCCAUUUCCCUCCCUUUAAAUGCCCCUACUCUUCUUCUCCUUCCCACGCGUUGAUAGUUGGUACUUCGUACUAUUUAUACUCUCUCUCUCUCUCUAUAAAACUACUUUCUCUCUCUACCUCGUGCGAGAUUAUGCCACUUAGCGACCUCGAGGCCCCAUCCAACAAUGGCGAUGGUGCACUCGAAACCCUAGCGGCGGCGGCGGAGGAGGAGGAGGAGGAGGAGGAGGAGGAGGAAUCGGAUCCGGAGAUGCCCCCGGAGUCGUUCCGGAUCGGGAUCGGGGAGGAGUUCGAUUGGGCGGAGCUCAACGCCGUGCUCGAUCGCGACGAUUCCACCAGGGGGAGCGCGAAUCCCAAAUCGCAGCAGCAGCAGCACCACUACCACCACCACGCAAACCCUAGCAAGCCCCGAUCCGACGACUCCCAGAGGUUCUCCGGGAUCAUCGUCCUCCCCGGGGCGAUCCCGAUCUCCGGCGCGUACCUCGGCCGGAGCGCGCGCCGCGCGAGGAGGAAGAAGAUGGCGGGAAACGGUGGCGGGAGAGCGGGGCGGGGGGCGGUGCCGGAGACGGAUCCGGGGUCGCCGAAGGUGUCGUGCGCUGGGAAGGUGAUGUCGCAGCGGGACCGGCACCGGAACCCUGGUAUUCUCCGGCGAUCGCCGGAGGAUGAGGACGAGGAAGAGAGGGGAGGGCGAAGGGGUAGCUUCGUAGCGGCGGCGCUCCGCCUCAUCCGCGGCGGCGGCGACGGCGGCGGGCCGUCCCCGUCGGAGAAUACUCCGGCGAUGGUGGCGGCGGCGCCGCCGGGGUUGGGAGGGAUGAAGCGUUUCGCGUCGGGGAGGAGGGGGGAGUGCUCCUGCGGCGGGGACGCGGACGGUGGGAUGUACUGCCACGUGGCGCUGCCUCGGCCGCUGGAUCGGGAGGUUGUGGCGGGUAACGCGUCGGUGGGGCCAUUCGAAGAGAUGGGGCGAGGCCGGGAUUGAAGGAAAAUUUGUUGGGUUUUGGUAUGGGUUUGAAAACGAUCGGAAAAAGGACAAAAAAUUGUCUCCAUAUUUACUAUUUUACCUCGCCACAUCACUCCCUGUAUAUCACCAUAUUACAUAUUCCUGUGUCUUUUAUAUUAUUACUUAGUCCUGUAAAUAAUAUGGUAAAAUACAUAAUAAUUAAUUACGAUUGAUUUUUAUAA